AUGGCAACGGAAGAGGCAGCGCGGAGAUUGCAGGCUUGCGGCAAUAUCAUGGUUCCACUCUCCGAUUACAACUGCGAGGCGGACUUGGUUCCAUCAGUCAAGUACACUCAUACACAGGCCCGCGAUCUGGAGUACCAAUUCAUUCCCGAUAUAUCCAAGGACGACCGAUUAUGCCAGUUGGCAGUUCUACAUGCCAAACGAGCUCUCAUCACCGACGACUGGAGGAAGAUCUGGUUUGAGGAUAAGCUUGACCUGGUGCUUUGUCCAUCCGCGCAGACCACCGCCGUGAUUCAUGAUCGAUUUGGGCUACCAGCUGACACCACCCUCGCCAAUGUUUUGGAUGUGCGCGCACCGUGA